UAAGAAUCUCAACUUUCUCUCUCUCUCUCUCUCUCCUCAAUGGCAUUCUCACAGACGUUUUCUACGCUAUCUCCACUCUACUCGGAUUCUCUUCUCGUUACUUCACUUAAACCAAACCCACUUCUCUUCUUCUCCUCUUGUUCCUCUUUCAAGCCCCGAAGGUCGUCUCGUCACCGCCCUCUCUCUGUUCUUGCCUCCUCGAAUGCCACUCUUGACUCCAAAAACGGCGCCGUUGUUGGUUCUGGUGAUGACAGGGGUGACUCCUAUGGCCGGCAGUUCUUCCCUUUGGCUGCUGUGGUCGGCCAGGAUGCUAUUAAAACUGCUCUUUUGCUUGGGGCUAUUGACCGUGAAAUUGGUGGGAUAGCCAUCUCUGGAAAACGAGGAACAGCCAAGACAGUUAUGGCACGUGGGUUACAUGCAAUUUUACCACCGAUUGAAGUAGUUGUUGGCUCAACAGCGAAUGUAGAUCCUGCCUGCCCAGAAGAGUGGGAGGAUGGCCUGGCUGAAAAGGUGGAAUAUGAUUCUGCUGGAAACAUUAAGACUCAGAUUGUUAGAUCUCCUUUCGUUCAGAUUCCGCUUGGAGUUACAGAGGACAGGCUUAUUGGAUCUGUUGACGUUGAGGAGUCCAUAAAAACUGGAACAACUGUUUUCCAGCCCGGCCUCCUGGCUGAAGCUCACAGAGGUGUUUUAUAUGUCGAUGAGAUUAAUCUGUUAGAUGAGGGUAUUAGUAAUCUGCUUCUUAAUGUCUUGACGGAAGGAGUUAAUAUUGUGGAACGAGAGGGAAUCAGCUUUAAACAUCCAUGCAAGCCACUUUUGAUUGCUACCUACAACCCAGAAGAGGGUGCUGUACGUGAACAUUUACUAGAUCGUAUUGCAAUUAAUUUGAGCGCAGAUCUUCCAAUGAGUUUUGAAGAUCGUGUUGCAGCUGUUGGGAUUGCAACAAAAUUUCAGGAAAGCAGUAAUGAAGUUUUUAAUAUGGUUGAAGAGGAGACAGAUUUAGCAAAGACUCAGAUAAUUUUGGCAAGAGAAUAUUUAAAAGAUGUUACUAUUGGCAGAGAUCAGUUAAAGUACCUGGUUUUCGAAGCCCUUCGAGGUGGUUGCCAGGGACAUAGAGCAGAGCUUUAUGCAGCCAGGGUUGCAAAAUGCUUAGCUGCUUUUGAAGGGCGUGACAAAGUUUAUGUGGAUGACCUCAAAAAAGCUGUGGAACUGGUCAUUCUCCCUCGUUCGAUCAUUAAUGAAACGCCACCAGAACAGCAAGACCAGCAGCCCCCACCACCACCUCCUCCACCACAAAAUCAAGAUCAAGGGGAAGAACAGGAUGAAGAGGAAGAUCAGGAGGAUGAAAAUGAUGAAGAGAAUGAACAACAGCAGGAACAGAUACCUGAAGAAUUUAUUUUUGAUGCAGAAGGGGGUUUGGUAGAUGAGAAAUUACUUUUCUUUGCACAACAAGCACAGAGACGCCGAGGGAAGGCUGGGAGAGCAAAGAAUGUUAUAUUUUCAGAGGACAGAGGCCGAUAUAUCAAGCCAAUGCUCCCAAAGGGUCCAGUAAAGAGAUUAGCUGUUGAUGCGACCCUUAGGGCAGCUGCACCAUAUCAAAAAUUACGUCGUGAGAAGGACACGCAAAAAAUUAGGAAAGUUUUUGUUGAGAAAACUGACAUGAGGGCAAAAAGAAUGGCAAGAAAAGCAGGAGCAUUGGUGAUAUUUGUGGUUGAUGCAAGUGGGAGCAUGGCUCUGAACCGAAUGCAAAAUGCUAAAGGUGCCGCACUUAAGUUGCUAGCCGAGAGUUAUACAAGUAGAGAUCAAGUUUCUAUUAUUCCUUUUCGUGGAGACUCUGCAGAAGUCCUUCUGCCUCCUUCCAGAUCAAUAGCGAUGGCAAGAAAACGUCUUGAGAGACUUCCAUGCGGUGGAGGUUCACCCCUUGCUCAUGGCUUAACCACGGCUGUAAGGGUAGGGCUAAACGCAGAGAAGAGUGGUGAUGUUGGGCGUAUAAUGAUUGUCGCAAUAACUGACGGCAGAGCCAAUAUAUCACUGAAAAGAUCCACAGAUCCUGAGGCAGCUACUACCGAUGCUCCUAGACCUUCAACACAAGAGUUGAAGGACGAGAUUCUUGAAGUGGCUGGGAAAAUAUACAAAGCAGGAAUGUCCCUCUUAGUUAUCGACACAGAAAACAAGUUCGUCUCCACAGGUUUUGCCAAAGAAAUCGCGAGAAUAGCACAAGGAAAAUAUUAUUACUUACCGAAUGCUUCUGAUGCUGUUAUUUCAGCUACAACCAAGGAUGCUUUAUCAGCCUUAAAGAACUCGUGAUUUUCAAUUUUUUUUCUUUUCUAUUGGCCAAACCCCUUGUAUAAAAUGAGAAAAGAACAGAAAAAAAGAAAAAAAAACGGAGUGAAAUCAACCCAUUGUGUAACUUCAUUGAAAUAUGUUAGGAGUUUAAUUGUGAAAUAAAAAAUUGAGUUUUGUUUA